AUGUCCCCAUGGCCGGCCAUCAGGCAAGCUACAGGAAGUUCAAGCCGGGAUCCAGUGCUGGAGUGGAGCUUGUUGCCUGUUGCAAUCUGGUGCUGUUCAGAGGUGGAUGAAGGUCCCAGUGAAUGGGAGACCUUCCGGGAGGAGGAUGCAGAUCUCCAGAGCGCCCGCGUGGCCUUGGAAACUUUGAAGCCGGUGCUGGAAGCCUCAGCCACAGCGGCUGCCGGUGCGGCACUGGCCGCGAGCCUGGAAGAACUGCUGGAUGAAGGUGAAACUCUGUUGCAGGAGUUUCGAGGCGGCAAUGAGCAGCUCUUGGAAAGGCUUUGUACGACAGAGAGCGUGCGAUCCUUGGUGCAGCAUGCCACGCGACCGCCCUGUGAAGGUGUACCUCCCGAGCGUUUACGGCAUCGAAGUCACACGGCAGCUGAGCUGCUAGCCAUGUGCGGGCAGGGCUCUGCCAAGGCACCUGGAACAUCCUGA